AAAGCUCCUAAAAUUUUAGGGUGGUUUCAAAUUCAACCCUGAAUUCGUAAUUGUUGCAACAAAAUCCCCACCAUUUUCAAAAAUAUUAUAAUUUCUGCCUCCUUGAGUCCAUCUUUCUCUUCUCGUCUGUCGUCUCUACUCGACACUUUCAAGCACACACCAUACUCUUCGGUCACCGGCCACCCAAAUCAGCUCCGGAGACUGAAUUCGGGCGAGCUUACCGGAGCUAGGAGGUAGGAGCUAGCCUCUAUAGGCACCGCACCCAUAGAAAGUUUAAGGAGUGCGUUGGAGAUAAAUCAAAGCUAAUUUGGAUGGAGUGCGUGGUUCAGGGAAUUAUUGAGACCCAGUAUGUUGAGGCUCUCGAGAUUCUUCUUCAGGGUCUUUGUGGUGUUCAUAAAGAGCGUUUGAGGAUCCAUGAAAUAUGCCUUAAAAGUGGCCCAAACCUUGGGGUUGUAGCUUCGGAGGUUCGACUCUUAUGCGAUCUUGAGCAGCCUGAAUCCACAUGGACUGUUAGACAUAUAGGAGGUGCAAUGAGGGGUGCAGGUGCUGAGCAAAUUUCGGUUCUAGUUAGGACCAUGGUGGAAAGCAAAGUUAGCAAGAAUGCGCUCCGCUUAUUUUAUGCACUAGGCUACAAGUUAGACCAUGAGCUGCUAAGAGUGGGAUUCGCCUUCCACUUCCAAAGGGGUGCCCAGAUCACUGUUACUGUGUCCUCAGUUAAUAAGAUGCUGAAACUACAUGCAACUGACGAGGCUGUGCCUGUAACACCUGGUAUACAGCUGGUUGAAGUGACAGCCCCUGCGUCAGCUGAAAAUUAUAAUGAAGUUGUUGCAGCAGUGUCAUCUUUCUGUGAAUAUCUUGCACCGCUCCUACAUUUGUCGAAACCAGGCAUUUCAACAGGGGUUGUUCCCACAGCUGCUGCUGCGGCUGCAUCUCUUAUGUCAGAUGGUGGGGGUACACCCUUAUAGCUGGAUUGUAAAUUUGCAAGAUUGUGGAAAGUUCUGUAUUUAUGGUGACUUCUUGUAGAGACUCAGCAAAAGUUUGUCGUCUUUCAUAACUAAAACUAUAUGAGGUCUUUGUAGGGCCUUUGUUUAGAAAUCAGAGUUUUGAAAUGCUUUCUUUGAGGCUGUUGCAAAUCAAUUUAAUGAUAGAAUGUUUCACUUUGGUAGUUGAUUUGA